AUGGAGAAUAUUGCUUCCAUGGUGGUGACCCCUAUUGCCAUUCUCAUCCAACCAUCGAUAUCUCAUGUUGAUCCUGCAAUCGAACCUAUAGUUGGGACUAGUAUGACUAUUCCAUGUCAUGCCAUUGUCCCUUACCAAUCGGAGGUUGGUGCUUCUGCUUGCCUUCCAAGUCCUGAGUCGACUCCGUCUCCGGCAUCACCUCCAGUCAUUCAAAAACCUCACACAUUUCAAGGUAAGGCUCCUCCCCUGUCUAAAAAGGCUUCCUCUUCUUUGUCAUCAACCCGUCAAACCGUGUCGAAAAGAGUUACUCGUUCCUCUUCGAGUUUACAGUCUCCUUCGUCCCCUGUCCAGCCUUCGUCUGUGCAUGAAUCAAAACCCGUAGGACCUCCUCGUCCUCCAUCUAAGGUUUCUAUUCCUCCCAAAAGCAGAGAAAGGGUUCAGCCAAAAAGAAAGUCUUCACGUGAUACCUUGUAUCACCCACCUAAAAAGAAAUCCAAGACCAAGCCUAUUCCAGUCCCAUCUACAGACUUGUCUCCCAAACAGUCAUCCAAAGCCUCUAAAAAGUCAAAACUUCCAAAAGACCCUAUAUCAACGGUCGACCCAUCCUCUGUUCAAUGCUUUGUUGAUGCCUCCAAAGCAUUUGUAUACCAACGAUGGUUUGGUAGUCGUGAGUUUUGGUUCGAACAAGUGGUGAUGUUAGAUGAUUUUCCUGACCUGCAUGAUUUUUUAAAAAUUAGGAAAUGGGUUAACACGGUCACUAACUUGUCUCCCCCUCAUCCAAUUUUAGUUCGUGAAUUCUAUGCCAAUCUAGAUAGGACUGUUAUAGCUGAGGGUCAUCCAGGGUGUGUGAGUGCAUUUGUUAAGGGUCAUCGUGUUCCGUUUGGUCCAUCUACAAUUGUAUGCAUUUUGAAAGUUGAGUCUGUCAGAAAUCCAACAUAUGGGAAACAAUUCAAUCCAGAUGAAACUAUGAUGGGUAGAGUGCUAACUUGCAGGGAGGACUAUCUUUGGGACAAACAAGAAAUUAUAGUUACUCAUCUAACUCCUUUCUAUAGGGUUCUUCAUCGGGUAGCUUUGUACAAUUAG